UCACACAUGGCUCGGUCUCGGCAACUCUUUCACUGCUCUCUUCAGCCCUUGCUUCACUUGUCUGUCGAGCUCAGCUUUAGGCGCCUUUUGUUUAACCAGGGCAUGGCUGCUAUAACAACCCCGGACCUACGGCUCGCACGGUCGCCACGCAUCCUUCCGCCAUGGAGGAGAGCACCGCGUGCCUGCGCCCGUUGCGCCUGCUCUUCGUCGUCUUCGUCUCCUUCGCCUUCGUCGCGCGAUGUGGAGGAGCAAGAAUGCUGAGACCAGAGGAGCUGCGAGUGCGUCACCACCACCACUCUUCCUCUGACCCCUACUACAGCACGCCGGUGAUGCCUCCCUACGGAGACGUGUUCGGGCCGCCAAACCCCCCUCCUCCUCCCGGCUCUCCCAACUGCGGCCUCACCCCGGACGCGCCGCCGCCGCCGUCGGCGACCACCGUCCCGGCGCCGGCCUUCGUCUACUCGUCCCCGCCGCCGCCGGAGACGGACUACUACUACCCUCCGCCGUACAUCAGCCCAAACCCACCAGAUAUCAGCCCAAGCCCACCUCCCACGGAUACGCCGCAGCUCCCGCCAAUCGUCUACCCAAGCCCACCAGAAAUCACCCCCAGCCCACCAGAGGUCGCGCCAUACCCGAGCCCACCUGAAGUCGCACCAUACCCGAGCCCACCUGAAGUCGCACCCAGUCCGCCAGAGAUCGCGCCGUACCCGAGCCCACCUGAGGUGUCCCCAAGCCCACCAGAAAUCACACCGUACCCGAGUCCACCGGAGAUCUCCCCGAGUCCACCAGAAAUCUCGCCAAGCCCACCGGAGAUCUCGCCGAGCCCACCGGAAAUCGUCCCAAGCCCACCUAGUUACGAACCUAGCCCGCCGAGCUACGAACCGACCCCACCGAGCAUUGUGCCGAGCCCGCCGGAGUACGCGCCGGAGCCACCAACCUACGAACCAAGCCCGCCGGAGUACGCGCCGGAGCCGCCAACCUACGUUCCGAGCCCACCGGCGUACUACGCGCCGGAGCCACCAGCAUACGUGCCGAGCCCGCCAAUCUACGCGCCGUAUCCGCCCGGGAUCAUCCCGAGCCCGCCGGAAUACGCGCCGGAACCGCCUGGACUCGUCCCGAGCCCGCCGGAGUUCGCGCCGGAGCCACCAGGGUUCGUCCCGAGCCCGCCGAUCUACGCACCGUACCCUCCGGGGAUCGUGCCGGGCCCGCCGGAGAACGCGCCGGAGCCGCCGGGGGCCGUCCCCUCCCCAGGGGGCGGCUUCAUGCCGCCGGUGGUGUUCCCGCCCCCGUUCGCGACGCCGUCGCCGGGGGGGACGGUGGGCUCGGAGUGGUGCGUGGCUAAGCCGUCGGUGCCGGGGCCUAUCGUGCAGCAGGCCAUGGACUACGCGUGCGGCUCGGGAGCGGACUGCGACUCCAUCCAGACGUCGGGCCCGUGCUUUCGGCCGGACACCAUGGUGUCGCACGCCUCCUUCGCCUUCAACAGCUACUGGCAGCGCACAAAGGCCAACGGCGCCACCUGCGACUUCGGCGGCACUGCCAUGCUCAUCACCAAGGACCCAAGCUACGAUGGCUGCCAUUACAUUUUGAUGUGAUCCGUCACAGGGUCCUUUAGGAGCUGGACCCCUAAGCAACAUUUUCUGAAGAUUAGAAGAACUAGAGGUACAUGCUGUUCUAAUGAUUGUGAGGGCAGUUGCAGUGGAUCACUGAUUUUGUAUAGGGUAAAAGACUUCAUCCAUCCUAUUUAGACGGUUUCUAACUCCUUUCCCCCUCUUUUUG